AAACACCUGAAUUAGAGACCUAUGCAACUGACAAUGUCAAGCUCCAAGAUGAAAAGCCUCUUGAAAGGUCUAAGAUACAUUUCUCAAGUUUUUGAAAGUGGAAAAGAAGAAGAGAUAAAGAUAGGGAAUCCAACGGACGUAAAGCAUGUUGCCCAUAUUGGUUGGGAUGGUCCAUCCGCUACUCCUGCCUCCGCACCAAGCUGGAUGAACGAGUUCAAAAAUGGUGGAGGAUUCGAAUCUGGACAAGGAGGCGGAGAAGAUGAUUCAUCCGUGAAAUGUAUGUCGGAAUGUGGCGGUCGGACCAGAGAUUUACCUAACCUACCAAAAUCUUCAAGGAAAGCGGCUUCCGAGAAAGGUUCUCCGACAAGGGAAAUAUCAUCUGACAAAACUAAGCGAAGGUCUUCGAAGAAAGGAACAACAUCAUCGUCAAGAAGACCAAAGGAAGUGUCUGAACUAAAUGAGCGUUCUUCGUUACAGGAAGCUCCGAAGAAAUCGAGGAGGAAGAAGAAGAAGACGAAAGAAAUUGGAGGAUCAACUAGAUCGAUACGAAGAUCUGAUGUGGAUAACAUGUCGGAUUAUAUGUCUGAAACUGGUUCUAUAAGAUCUAUGCCUCAAUUCGACAACAGAGAUGACUUUUGAAAAGGAGAGCCAGACAGAAGAAGAGAGUCUUUCCUUCCUGCUUGGAGACAUGCAUGGCUAAUUAAUUUUCAGAACAUACCAUUAUAUAUUAGAUUUUUUAGUCUUCAUUCUUGUACUGUGAUUAUUAUUCACCUUAAUUACAAGAAUACAUUUUUGUUUCUUUAAAUAUAAUCGGAGAUUUUGAACAUAAUUCGAGACUAUCUUUUACCAGCGGCUUUCUCUCCAAGGCAUCAUCCAUUUCCACUAUUUAUCAAUCAUUGGAUGUAUAUGUACAUAACAAUUAAUCUUGAAUUUUGCAUCUUAAAGUGAUGCAUUUUUUUUGGGCUAAAAUGUGAAUAUAGUAGAUAUGAAAAGCUUAGGAUAUACAAUAGCCUACAAUGGUGAUUCCUUGGAAAAAAGAAUAAAAGUUUAAAAUCUAUCAAUUUAAAAAAUCCAUAACUCAACAUAAAUUCAUCUUCCAAUAACCUUCCCCCUAUUCUCCUGAAUAUCUUGAUAUUGCUAAUGAAGAACUUCUGCAUUUUCAGGAGCAUUGGAAAAAUGACGAAUCAAAAAUUGUUAGGAACACUCUAGAGAAGACAUCCGGUUUAAGCUGUGAACCGGAAGUUAUGUUGCAAGAUUUACCCAAAGUGAAGAAUUCAUCAGCAAAAAAAAAAAAAAAUCUAGAAAAUGUUUUUUCAGAAAAAUGAACAUUUUUAUGGUAACAAAUCGCUGAGAUUCCGCAAAAUUCUGGUACCAAAUCGGAUUUCCUAACUACGAAAAAUUUCUUGGAAAACAAAAAAUAAAAUCUAGAAAAAGUGUUUACCCAUUCAAUUUUCCUUUAAUUUUUGUUUAAAUCCAUAGAGAUUUACCCAUUCAAUUUUCCUUCAAUGAAUUCCAUCAAAAUGACAAAUAAAAUCUUUAAAUUUGGCAUCCAUAUUUUGCAUUUGAAUUCUAUUAUUUCAUCCAAAUGACAAUACUAUAAAAACCAUUGUAAUAUUGAAUAACAUUGCAAUUUAAUAAGAUUUUGAAAUCUGUAAAUUGAGUAACACUAAAAUUUAAUAGCAUUUAUAAAAUCUAGUAUAUAAUAAUAGUGGAAUUGUAUAGAAUUCUCAAUUCUUUCAAAUUAUAUUAAAGUCUUCAAUGUAAUUUUCCCUCUUUAAUUGAAAUUUCUAAUUCUCUUUUGUUAUUUUCUUUCUUUUUUUUCUGCUGAAUUCGAAAGAGAAUACACAAAAUUACAUGGCAGCUUCAAAAGUUGAAUACACAAAACUUUAUUGACAAAAAACAAUAAUAUAAAAUUUGAUUUUAAAAAAUCAACAUGAAUAUUUUUUGGACUGUAAUUUGAACUACUAACUAAAAGUAGAAAAUAAUAUAAAUAUUUUUAAUCCAAAUUGUUAUUUAGGCACCAAUUUUUUUAAUGAUUUUCAUGUCAUUGCUAAACAUUUAUAAAUUUCGACUGAUUUUUAUAUGUAUAUGCUAAAUUUUAAUGAAUGGAAAUUGUACUGAUCAUUUCCUACCUCUUUGUUGAACCCACUGAACCCAAGACUUUAUCUAUUAAGUCCUCGUUUAGGUAUGGUCAAAGAUAUCAUGGAAGAAGUGAUGCAUAUCCACUCGGAGGGAUUCAUACAUAGGUAUUUAAAUCCUAAUGCUAUAUAUCUUAUUGAACAACACAAAACGAUCAUUCAUCAGAUUCUUCUGGCUGGUAAAACUCUUGUGGUUCCUAAUACUAUGGCUGAUAAUAAUGCUCUUCUCCCUCCAGCUUCUGCAAUAUCCCUUGAAGCUUCUCACUUAAUCAGGAAACUGAAGAUAAGAGAUCCUCAACUAAGGUAAUUGAUUAGAUUUUUACCAAACUAAGUAACUUAGUUAGUGAUUCUAAUCAAAAAGAGUGCCGGUCAAGUGUAUAAUCAUCCUUUAUUUUGGGCUGCUGUAAAAAAAUUAGAAUUUCUCGCAAGAUUUGGUGAUGGAAUGUCUUCUUGGAGAAAUACUUCUAUGUUGAGAAUUUUCAACUUUUUUGUAUUGGAAGAUAACAGCGAAAUCUUCUUAGAUUUUAGAACACCAAUUACUUAUACUUUUAAAACAUCCAUUAUUUAGUUUUUAGAAGAUUUGUAUAAUUUAUUAGCUAAGAUAUUAGUAAUUGUGGAUUUUACAUGUUUUAACACUUAUUUUUGUUAGUUUUAAAAAGACUAUAAAUUACGGGUCCGAUUGGUAAUGGCUGUAGCUUUUAAAAUUUUGCUGUAGAAAAAAAUCUGUAAACUUUUUGCUGUGCUUUAGAUUUUAUUGCUGUAGAAUUUUAUUGAAGCACUAAAAAAUUGCUUUGGAUAUUUGGCUCUGCAGAGCACUUGUACAGCUGUAGGUUAUUUUAAGAGCUGUAAUUUCAAAAAAAAAUUUAAAGCUUGAUUGCUCUGAAUUUGGUGCUGUAGAAAUAAAUAGGGCUCUGGACAGCACCUACAGCAACUACCAAUCACCCCCUACAACGAGGUAGUUGUCAUUUUUAUUUUUAAAGCAUGAGUUUUAUUUUUUUUUGUUUUUAUUUGACAUUUAUAGUCUAAUGUUGUAAUUUAUUAAUUUGCAUGUUUUAAAGAUUUUUAAAAUAUCAUGAAGAUUAGAGGAGAAUAUACAUGAAUGAAAUGAUGCAUAUCUUCUUCUUUUUAAGCUUUGUGUCUAUUCCAUAAUAAAUUGUAUCGCAAGCAAAAUUAAAAGAGCAUGGUGAGUACCAGUAGGACUCCAAACCCAAAAACAAAAAACGUAAAAAACAAAACAAAAGAACAAACCACAGCUCCCUACUUCAAAACCAUCUCAAAUGAGAGUGACGUGAUGUAGGUCUGACAAGCACGAUGUGUUCCAACAACCAAUUAGUAAUCAUUAUACGCUCCAACCUCAUCUUCAAGAAUCACCGGUAACAACCAUCCAGGUCCAUCCUUGGCAAUAUAAGAAGUAUAACAAUGAUCUCUUGUAACACUAAGAGAGAUAGCAUCAGCGCACUGGUUUGCAUCUUUGUGGACAUAAACUAUAGAUCACAGCCUGAGCAACGAAACAUUCUCUCUAUAGCUCCAAUAAGACCACUCCAUUGAAGAAAAUUCUCAGGAUUUAAAACUACUUCUCC